AUGGUGCACGCUCUCACACACACCUCGGUGGCGAAUUGCGACCCCCGAGCUAUCGCACCUAUCAUUGAUCUGGGCCCUACGAUCCAGCCAUGGCUGGCUCAGACGCUUCGGAGCGUUGAGAAACAAAUGGAACCACUCGACAGCGUCCUCCAUCACCAAACAUGUAUGAUCAAAACGCUCUCGACUCCUAAAAGCAUUUGGUAUCUUGCAUGCAUCAUGGUGCCCAAUCCUCCAGAGUCAGAGCUACGCCAAAACCUUAUUCAAGAUGUCGAGCGAUUGUCCGACUUCCGACUUAUCCACAUCGAGGCAUACAUCAUUCACGUCGACAUGAGGGAUCGGGACAAGGUGGCCUUCAAGCUGACCACCGAGUCGAUCAACUCCCUUGUAGAGUACUACGAGAGAUACCACCGCGUUGGUCUCGUGGCGAAGAUGCAUGAGAGGUCUGGGAAUGAUCGAGUGCGGAAUAAGGUGCCCGAGGACUUUGCACGCGCCAUCAACGAGUUCGUGUACCGUACACAUGUCUCCGCUUUGGGAAGUCUCGAAGAGGACGGAACCGGCGAGUUCCUUGUCAAUGAUAGUGAAAGGGUGAAGGACAUCAUUCUGGGCAUGAUUGAAUCGCCUGAUGGGACCUCUAUUAUCUCUCGAUUAUCUUGA